AUUGUUCGCGACUCUGCGCGUUGCCUCUGGUCCUGCUCCUGCCCGCUCAGCCUCCUCCGGUCGUCGCCAUGGUGCAGAUGAUGGAGUCGCAGUGCGAGUAUUUCAUGUAUUUCCCGGCGGUGCCCAUCACGGACCUGUCGGACCCGGCCCGCUACCGCACUCUGCCCCGCCGGAGCCACCUCUACCUGGGGGAGACGGUCCGCUUCCUUCUGGUGCUGCGCUGCAGGGACGCGGGGGCGACGCCGACCGAGCACGGCCCCGCAGGGGCCGGGGAUGGCACUGCAGCAGGUUUCGGGACGGAGUCAGCCAGUAGCCGGGCGUGGAGGGAGCUGGCCGGCUCUCUGUGCGCUGUGGCCAGCGUGAGUCCAGGUGAGAGCGGCCGCCACCGCGGCAACCACCACCAGCAUCCCCACGACUACCAGAGCAGUGGGGACGAGGCUAACGAAGACGGCGAGGACGACUACAUUGCAGCAGCGGAGGCAGCGAUUGCAGCGCUUGGCAGCAGGGUGGACUCACGGUGUCGGAGCUUCAGGGACUGCAAACCACUGCUCAUCCACAACUCUUCUGGGACGGCGUCGAGGGAGUUCCGCAGGGCACCUGUUCAGUCUCCUCUGGACGAGCCGGUGGUUUUGACAGAUGAAGUGAUCUUCCCCCUCACCGUCUCUCUGGACAAACUCCCUGUCAGCACGCUAAAAGUCAAGGUGAUGGUCACGGUGUGGAAGAGGGAGGCUGAGAAAGUGGAGGUGCAGGAACUUGGCUACCUGAGUGUCCUGCAGCAACGAGAACCGACACACACCUUCAGACACGACCUGAACACCUUCAAGGCUCAGGUGAGCACCACUCUCACCGUCCUGCCGCCUCCAACCGUCCGCUGUAAGCAGAUGACCGUCUCUGGGAGGCACCUCGCCGUCCUCAAAGUGUUGAACGAGUCUUCUCAGGAGGAGGUGAGUAUUCGGGAUGUUCGAAUUUUGCCAAACCUGAACGCCUCCUACCUUCCCAUGAUGCCAGACGGCUCCGUGCUGCUGGUGGACAAUGUUUGUCAUCAGUCAGGUGAGGUCGGCAUGGCGUCUUUCUGCAGGGUGGACAGCCUGGCUGGCCACCUUCCCAGCAUGCUCAGUGCUUUGGAGGAGCAUGACUUCUUGUUCCAGCUGCACCUCAAUGACAUGCCGCAAGACGACUCCAACGAGGGGCUGGAGGUUCCCUUGGUCGCUGUGCUGCAGUGGUCAACUCCCAAGAUGCCUUUCACCAACUGUAUCUACACCCACUACCGGCUGCCCAGUAUCCGUCUGGACCAGCCACGGUUCGUCAUGACGGCGAGCUGCCCGAGCACCGUCCGGGUGAAGGAGCACUUCAAGGUCAAAUAUGUUCUGCUCAACAACCUGCAGGACUUCCUGGCUGUGCGGCUCGUCUGGACUCCAGAGGGUCGCGGUCAGGGGGAGGAUGCAGCGCUGGCCGCUGUGGUCUGUCACACUCCUCUCAGUAACCUCGGUCACUGUCGGAAAGGAAGCACCCUGUCCUUCAGCGUGGCCUUCCAGAUCCUCAGACCAGGACUGUACGAGCUGAGUCAGCAUAUGAAGCUGAAGCUUCAGUUCACAGCCUCGGUUUCCAACCCUCCACCUGACGCUCGGCCCCUGUCGCGUAAGAACAGCCCAUCAAGCCCGGCAGUGCGAGACCUGUUGGACCGACACCAGGCCAGCCUGGGUCGAUCUCAGUCCUUCUCCCACCAGCAGCCAUCCUGGUCCCACAUCAUGAGGACGGGCAGUGCCAUGGAGCGACGGGCCAUCACCCCCCCUGUCGGCUCUCCGGUCGGUCGGCCACUCUACCUGCCGCCGCAGGACAAAACGCUGCUGUCGCUGGACAAGAUCGCCAAGAGGGAGUGUAAGGUCCUGGUGGUGGAUCCUGUCAGCUAGGGAGCGAGGAAGCGAGGAGGAAAGGAAGCGAGGAGGGACAGAGGAUAGAGAUCGAAGGACGAGGAAAGCCCUCACACGCAGGAAAACCCCCCUGAAACUCCCCUGGAUGAGCCUCGCAGGCAGAUUACAGCGAAAGAAAGUGAAAAAGGACUGGAGAGGAAAACCAUCUCCCCUUCAGCUUCUCCUCAUCUCUCAGUUUCCCCGAAACUGAAACCGAACCCCAAGCUUCGGUGUAACCAGCUGCCCCGUGUUACUGGGGGGAGCCAUCUACGGCGACAGCCGGAAGCUUUGGGUGGUGGAUCAGGUGUCCUGAGAAUAGGAAGAGCGAUCGGAAGGUGAAGAGCGGGAAUGGGAUGAACAAACUUUGAAUGCUUUAAAAUGAAAAAUUUCAUGUGAUGUAUUAUCAUGUUUCUGUAUUAUUUAAAGGUACGUGACAGAAAAAACAGUACUGACGAGGCACUGUGCAUAGAGGGUUUUUAAGCUGUGAUCAGUGGAUUUAAAAAUGGUUAAUAAAUCAUUUAUUGCUGCUUUACAGAUCAGUUAUAAGACAUUCAUAAGAACGGUUGCCAGAAAAUUCCUCCUGCAACACGACACUUUGUCUUUUUAUCGCUUUCGCUCAUGAGGGACACGUCUCCAACAGACUUUUGACCACUGAUCUUAUGGAAAAGCUGCAGGACAUCUGGACCAAGAUCCAGUCAGAAACAAAAUCCAUCUAUUAAACAGUAAUAAAUUCAUUAAUUACCGCUUAUAAAUCUUUUGUAAAUGAGGCCUUGUCAGAAAGUGAUACCGGAAAGACUGUAGUUUUAUAUAUUAUGCGGAAGUAACCACACAGGAGGUAGAAGUUGGCGAUUUAUUUCAGUGUUAUUAUCAGUC